AGAAACUGAGACAUCAGUUUUUUAGUUGAUCCCAGAGUAACGGAAAUAUGUUUCUGUCAGUCCUUCUUUCUGUGGCACUAUUCAGUACUUUUAUAGCUGUCACGAGCCAACAACUUGUUAUUGAUGUCAUCACAAAUGGAACCUACCGCGUGCGAGUCAAUGGCGUUGCAUGGCUAACUAGUGGUGCCACCUUUUUUAACAAUGACCAAAAACAGUUUACCAAUGCCGACAAUUCAUUAAAGCUAAUGAGCACAACAGCGACAUCAGGCUAUGACCGGCUCGGACUUUGGCAGAACACAAAUUUUAUUUACCAGGCUGGGACCCUGUCAGUGACAGCUUCCAUCAAGAUUUACACUGUCCCAGACCUUCCUUUCAUUAUAUUCUCACAGACUUAUCAAAACACAGCAACAAAAACAUCAGCCCCAGACUCCAAGCAUGUCAUCAGUGGAUUCCCGACAUUUAGAACAACCUCAGAUGCUGAUCUUGGCUAUGUGGCCUAUGGUGGAGACAUGGCUGGAUACAGCAAGCUCAGUGUUGGAAGAUAUAACCCGUUAGCUUCAAUAACUACAGGAAUUGAAGGGGGACCACUGGUACUGUUCGACAACUCAAGUAAUGCAUUGGUUGUGUCCCCUAUGAGUCAGUUUAUGGCAGCAUCUAACCAAAUCUCACUGGUCAGGCAGGAGUUGUCCUAUGGAAUUAUGGGACUUGUUGACAGCGUCCCUAGCAACUACAGCAUAGAUUUUAUUGUGUAUUACAGCAACCAAGGGAUAAACCAGGCUAUGAAAGGAUGGGGAGAACUUCUGAAGUUCUGGUACAACAAAAAUCUGGAACACAGGGCAUAUGGUAUUACACUGAAUUACAUGGGGUAUUGGACAGAUAAUGGUGCCUACUACUACUACCACACUGAAGAAGGCAAAAACUAUGAGAAGACAAUGCUAGAUGCAGUCAACUACAUCAACGCUCAGAAAAUACCAUUCAAGUACACUCAGUAUGAUUCCUGGUGGUAUGCUAAAGGUAAAACAUCAGGCGUGCUCACCUGGACACCCACACCUGAGACUAUACCUGAUGGCUUCAAAUAUUUAUCUGACCAGACCAAGUUGCCAUUUACUUGCCAUAAUCGCUUUUGGGACAGCGCCACCCCCUAUGCCAGGUACAACGGAGGCAGGUACAACUUUAUACCAGACCAUAGUUCAGGACUGGCUGUACCUGAUGAUGAUCAAUUUUGGUUGGAUCUGUUUAAUAUGACCCAGCAGUGGGGACCAUUUAUUAUGUAUGAGCAGGAUUGGCUGGACAAAGAAACUGACGAAAACAAAAUUCUGCAGUCCGACCUGUUUGUGGGGCGCAGAUGGUUGGUUGGGAUGGGGAAAGGCGCUGAAGCUUACAAGACUAUAGGGAUCCAAUACUGCAUGUCAUACAGCAGGCACAUUCUGCAGUCUCUGGAGAUACCUACUGUAACACAGGCCCGAGUCAGUGGUGACUACCAACCAGGGGGCAGACAGUGGGACAUCGGCAUCUCCUCCAUGUUUGCUGAUGCUGUGGGCGUGGCACCAUUCAAGGACACGUUCUGGACAACAGAAGUCCAGGCAGGAAGUCCUUAUGGAGUAAAAACAGAGAAACACACAGGACUCAACAGUGUGAUAUCAACACUCAGCACUGGCCCAGUGGGACCUGGUGACGGCAUUGGUUUUAUCAACACUACACUACUUAUGAGAUGCUGUGACUCUGAUGGUAAAAUCUUACAGCCCAGUGUCCCCGCUACAGCUAUUGAUGAUCAAAUGAUAAAGAGAGCUUUCCUUUCCUACCCUGGGCCUGUGGGGGAGGUCUACACAACUUACAGCAAUAUUUCUGGCUUGAUUUUUGGUAUAGUCUUGGCUGCAGAAAUGUCCAAUGAAUACUCCCUCAAACCUUCUAAUGGCUGGACUUUUGGACAGCUACCCAAGAGUGUUGUCUAUUCAGGAACAGACUCCAGUAAACUGCCAGCUAUGUUUUCUGAUAACAGCCCACUAGAACUUGGACCGGAAUGUUCCACAACUAACUUCUGUCUCUACUACACUUCUCCAAUUCUACAGCUGGGAGUUCGAACUCAGGUCAUCCUGCUGGGUGAGGAGAACAAGUGGGUGCCGCUGUCGCCCAAACGUUUCUACAGCAUCCACCAAACACACGAGGACAUCAUCAUCGUGCUCAACGUCAACGCACGUGAGUCCGUGACCCUGAGGUUCAUGGAGGAGCUGGGGCCGGUGCUGACAGUUGAGUGUGACAACAGUGCCAGCGACACUCCUGCCGACCUCAGCUUCAUCAGCAUAGCCGAGAGGAAAUGUUUUUUAAACUCCGGAGAUAGUUAAUGUUAAAUUGUUUUAUACACAGAAUGAUCACAAAAUUUGAAAAAUAAAAAUAUAUAUGUAUAAGUUUG